AUGGCAUUACUAUUACCUCUAAUUAUUCUGUCAGUUGCGUAUGUACAUGGAAUUCGUUAUGAACCGAACUGGCAAUCGCUAGAUUCGCGUCCAUUGCCUGCCUGGUAUGAUGAGGCAAAAUUUGGUAUUUUUAUACACUGGGGAGUAUUUUCUGUUCCUGGUUACUCGCCUGACCAUGCAAGCGAAUGGCUCUGGUGGUACUGGAAAGGUCAAAAACUACAACCAUACAUAGACUACAUGGCGAAAAAUUACAGACCUGAUUUCAUGUAUGCCGAUUUUGCUAAAGAUUUUACAGCUGAGUUCUUUGAUGCCAAUGAAUGGGCGAAUCUGUUUCAGGCAUCGGGAGCUGAGUAUAUGGUUUUCACUGCUAAACACCACGAAGGUUUCUGUAAUUGGCCUACUAACCAUUCCUUUAACUGGAAUUCUAUGUCAGUUGGACCUAAAAGGGAUAUUGUAGGUGAACUAGCUGCAGCUAUUAGAAGUAACACAUCUCUCCAUUUCGGAUUAUAUCAUUCUCUUUUUGAGUGGUUCAAUCCUCUUUAUUUAAGAGACAAAGCAAAUAACUUUACAACCCAAGAUUUUGUUUUCGAUAAAACUUUGCCAGAACUUUAUGAAUUGAUCAAAACUUAUAAACCUGACGUCAUUUGGUCUGACGGGGCCUAUGGUGGGAGUCCAGAAUAUUGGCAAGCCCUGGAAUUCCUUGCAUGGCUUUAUAAUGACAGCCCAGUCAAAGAUACAGUAGUUACUAAUGAUAGAUGGGGAACUGGUACCAGCUGCCGUCAUGGUGGAUUCUUGACCUGUGCUGACAGAUACCAACCAGGACAUCUUUUGGAAAGGAAAUGGGAGACUGCAGUUACUGUAGAUUUGAGUUCAUGGGGAUAUCGACGAAACGCAGUAUUGGAUAAUUACGUCUCUACAAGGGUGGCCUUGACCACAUUAAUUCGAACAGUAAGCUAUGGGGGUAACAUGUUGAUGAAUAUAGGACCGACAUCAUCUGGAACAAUUGCUCCUAUAUUUGAAGAAAGACUACGAGAUAUGGGAGCAUGGUUAUCUGUUAAUAAUGAGGGCAUCAAAGGUACUCGGCCGUGGAUACAUCAGAAUGAUACCAUAGCGCGAGGUCUUUGGUAUACUAAAAAGGGUACCAUUGUAUAUGCCAUUUCAUUUUACUGGCCCGACAGCUUUACACUAAACUUGGGUGCUCCUGUAACUACACCAACGACAGCAGUCACGAUGUUGGGAUAUUCGGGCACAAUCUCGUGGAAAGCCAGACCUACCAGUGGUAUUGAUAUCACUCUUCCACCUAUACCAUUCAAUAAGUUACCUUGUCAAAACGCUUGGACAUUUAAAAUGAGUGGUUUAUCUAAUAUAGAAUAA